AUGUCGUCAUUUUCUGUCCCCGCUGUUCGCAAUGCUACUGGUGCAUCUGCUGAAAAUAGCGUAACGGCAAUCAUUAUGCGCAAUCGAGCGAUUCUCUACGAGAGCAACAAUCCUUCCAGUUCUUUCAAUCCUUCUGUCUUGAAUUUACUCGAUAGAAUGCCCAAUGACGAAGCCUCCGAGUCCAGAUUUUUCGCCCGCUCAUCCGAAAAGAGACAAUCCCACAUCAACACCACCAUGCUUCUCGAUGGCGCAGCCGAUGUCCUUCAACAGUCUGUUGAGGAAUCCCCCGAAAACUCAAGCUCCCAAAUUGAAACCGUCGAUGACGAAGUCCCACCUCUCUCUUUCUUCCGCUGUUGCCAGUGUCAACAGACAUCCAAUUCGCCAACCUGCAAAAGAGAAGAAAAGAAGAUCGGUGUCGUUCAGGGAAAAGAGCAGAAAAUCCUGGUGGUCAAUAGUGAAUGCGAACAUGAGAAGUGUUCUCGAUGCGUUAACGUUGAUGAGAAUGGAGUACGUCUUGGUGUCAAGCCGUGGGAAUUGGAGUGGACAGGUCCUGUUGUUUCAAAAGAGGCGUAG